AUGGGUGUUCUGAGGACCCUUGUCCUCCUCGCCAUCGUCUUUUUGGAGGUGGGCGAGACUGCCGUGGCCAUGGCGGCCACCGGGAGUUUCCUCCAAAUCGACGAGGUGAGCACUUCAAUAAAGCCCUUUUGUUCUCCCGUGUUCCUACCUUCCCCGCUCCAUGGAUGUGUGGGCUGCAUGGUGCUGCUCCCGUUCAUCUCGAGCCAAGGAGGAAGCACGGUUACCAACAGCAUCAUCAACACCGGCGUCUUUGACCCACGGCGUGAGGAUGAGGAGGACCUAACGCCUUCGUCGGUCCUGGGCUCGUCUGCUGUGUCCCUGCGCCGUUGCCACGCACGGCGCGGCCACGAGGCAUAUGGCGGUUCGGAGUUCGGCGAAAAACUACCGAAGGACGGCGACGACUACGACUUGGCGGCGGACUGA